UAUAAUUGAAAAAGAAAUUCAUUGAUCAUUGAUUAAUUGACACACUAAAUUUAAAGCGCUUUCUGAUUUCGGAAACAAAACGCAACAUCCUAUUAAUGGGGCAAAACAGCUAAUUAUAUUCUAUUUUUUCUUCUUUUGAGUUCGGAAAAAAGUUCAAUUCCUUUCCAAAAAUAGCCCCGAGGGAAAUUGCACAACACAAUACUUGACAGUGUGAUUUUAAAACGCAGCAGGCCGAGGUAAUUUUUUGUCCAAAUUCCACCUCAUCAAUACACACUUGGUUUGUAGUCAAAGCCAUAACUUACCAUCUACAUUACCUUCAUUCACAACAAGAUUGUUAAUUAUUGUCACAACAUAACAACACCAUUUCCGAUUCAGAAGUUACCCAUAUAAAGGGCUCAUUUUACCAUUUCCUUUUAUUUGAAGUCAAACACUUCAAAACAUCCCCAUAAAGAGUUCGACUUUGAUUCAAUUUCACAACAAGAGACUUGUUUCCAGCAACACCAGCAGCAGAAACUCCUCAGGCGCUUAUAGCGAUUGUAAAACUAUUAAUAUAUCAGCACCGAUCUUGACUGGACAAUGGAGCGGGGAAAUUCUGCUGGUUACCAAGAAACUACGGGCCAGCACCAAAAACUCUACCAACAAGGAGAGGGACUUGAAUCUCAACAACUUGGUUCCAACAAACCCAAUCCAGAUCAUCUGGCAUCUGUCAGUUCCAACUGGGGACAAAUGAGCUACCAACUUCUGGACCAAAUACACCCUCACAGUAGUAACUUGACCUCUAAUGGUGUCGCAAUGCACAGCAGCGAAUCAACUGAAGGGCGGAGUUUCCAUUCGGGUUCUAACUCGCACAGUAAACAUCAUCUCAGUCGGCAACCAACCCAGGCUGGUAGUUUGUUCGAUGGAAUGAAAGAAGCACAGGAGACGUCGACUAAUUUACUUGACCUGAUGAACAAGACAGUAAGAGCAAUCGCCAUUGGAUUUCCGUGUACUGUCGUUCUGGGCGGACUGAUGGUUCUUCCAAUCGCUAUGAUAGCUAUCGGAGGCGGAAACUACUACAAAUGUCCGGCGAGCGAAUGGCUUCCCAGCUGGCUCAUAAUCACUGGCAUCCUCCUCAUGUUCUUCUGCAUUCUGCUCAUUCGGAUAGUUGGCAAAGUGCGACAGGACGAAUCAGGAGAGCUGCUGGAAGACUUCGACGCCUCCAGCUACAAAUCCUCCAAAAACUUCGUGUGGGUUCUAACAGCCCUUCAAACAGUCUGGUACUGCAUGGGGAACUACUUUGUCUUCAGCAUCUACUACCCUCAUACCGAAAUCCCGCAAGAACCGCCAUUCGUAUACUGCGAAGAAGCUCUCUACAACUUCAGUCUGUUCUGGAUAUUUGCAGUGUACACAGCCGUAGUGAUAACACUGGCGUCCAUGCUGUUUAUAGUUUACCUCUAUUAUAGAAACUCGCAACGCUAUAUGGACUUUGAAUAUUUACCUUCUUAUCAACGCAUAUAGUGGAUUGUGAAAAUAAAUUUUGAAUGUGAAG